AUGUUAUUUCUCUCACUUCCAAUUUAUCUCUCUUCCUCUCUCUCUCACUUAUCUCCCUAUCUUCUCUGUUGUCUUUUUCCUUCUCCUUUCUUUCUCCCUUUCUUCUUAUGCCCUCCUCUUCCCUUCCCAUCUCUCCCUUUAUCUUUGUAUCUCCUUCUCUUCCUCCUUUCUCUCGCUUCUUUUUCUGCCUCUCCCUUUAACUCUCUCCUACUUUCAGACAUCCACUUUCUCUCUCUCUCUCUCUCUCUCUCUCUCUCUCUCUCCCUCUCUCCCCACGUUUCUCGUUCCCCGCUCUUCUCCUUUCGCUAUGCCUCUCUACCCAUUUCUCUGUCUCCUUCACAUUUGUUAUCUCCCUCUUCUUUUUCCAAAUUUCACCCCUCUCCCUCUCUCUUACUCGUUCUCGCUCUCUCUCUCUCUCUCUCUCUCUCUCUCUAUCUAUCUAUCUAUCUCUUUAUCAAUCAUUCCUUCUUUAAUUAUAUUAUGUACAAUUCCUUCAACAUUUUUUAUCCUCUUCUUUCUAUUCCUGCCAUCUUCAAGUCUGUCCUCUUUGUAAUGCUUUUCCUUUCACGUCAUAUUCUCCUUCCGUUCAUUUCUUUCUAA